GAGAGAAAAGCAGAGACAUUAAAAAGGAGAACAGAGUAGAGCAAAAUUUGAACAUCGAUAAGAGAAAUUAAGGUUUCAAAAACGAGAUAAGAAAACAAAAAGUUGAGAAGAAAUGGGAGAUGUUAUUUUGUUUGUUGAUGAUUUUUCAUCUGAUUCUUCAAUUUCACACUGUAGAAUUUGCCAUGAAGAAGAGUUUGAAAGCUUUAAGUGCUUGGAAGCUCCAUGUGCUUGUUCUGGCACUGUUAAGUUUGCUCAUAGAGAUUGUAUACAGAGGUGGUGUAACGAGAAGGGAAACACAACUUGUGAAAUUUGUCUUCAGGAAUAUGGACCGGGAUAUACAAUAACAGCAUCUUCAAAGAAGUCUCAGCUGAUUGAGGCUACAGUUACAAUCAGAGAUAGCCUACAAAUUCCAAGAAGAGAGAUUGAGCCACAACACCGAAGAUUAGUGGCAUUAGAUGAAGGUAUGAACGUCGAAAAUGAGUUCUCUCAAUGUACUUCCGCCGCUGAUAGAGGCGCCUCUUGCUGCCGAUCACUGGCCCUUACUUUUACUGUGGUUUUGCUGGUGAAACAUCUCUUAGCUGUGCUUAACGGCGAAACAGAUCAUUACCCAUUUGCACUUCUUACAAUACUUAUUUUAAGAGCUACUGGAAUUUUACUCCCAAUGUACAUACUUAUUCGGACAAUUACAGCUAUCGGAAACAGCGUUCGACGUCAAUAUCAUGAUUCUGACGAGGAUACCUCCAACUAUGAUGAUGAAGACGAUAUUGAGCAGCAGCAGGGACUUCACACUGUCUAAUAAUCUCAGCGUAUUCUCUCCAGUUACUUCCAAUUUGUAAUCUGAGCAUUAACUAAUGCUCACCUUGCCCAAAUUCCCCAAUUUUUUUGGCAUGAAUAGAAAAAUAAAUAAAUAAAAU